UCUUCAAUCACCAGCGGCCUGUCCUGAAUCAACAGACCUUCAAAUAUAGUUUUUUUUAUUAAGCCUUUACGUCCAUUGCCAUUUCCCUACUCAUACGCUCAUAUAUUCUCAUCCUCUCCUCCUUUUCCCCACCACCCCCAGACGGCACCAUCACUGGGCACAAAACCCUCUAUCACCCACCUUUCUCUUUUUAGAUCUUAAGUUUAUCUCCUCUUAAUCUCAAUCACCGCCCCCAAGUUUAAAGUCUAUUUUUUAGCUACCCUGCUCAGUCAUGAAAUUCCCAUUUCUUUACCAAGCCUUUCAUCCAAAGUUUAUUCCCAUCUGCAAUUCCGAUUUCACUUUCUUGUAGCACCUCCUAUAUUUCCAUUUUUUUUAGCCUUUUCCACUGCAAGAUUUGGGUACCCAAAAUUUUCUUAUAAAUAUUCAGAUAAUAUUUAUGUUCAAGUUGCAAAGUUUCUUCUUUUAGUCAAUCAUUGCUGUUGUUCUUGAAAUGUAUUUUGUCCAUAAACUUACCCAUCAUUGUAUUUAUGUCUCCUAGUCCACUUUCUUGAUUUCUUUUCUUUUCACUUCUUUGGAUGCCAAAAACUCUUGUAUGUGAAGAUGGAUCUGAUACAAUUUUCAUCCGGUGGUGGUGGUCGGAUGUAGGGAUACCCAUUAACUGGGCUGCCGAUUUCAUUGCGCCAAUGAAGAGGUCAAUCCGUCCACUCUUUAGCAUUCUGUUUCUGAUUGUGUUUGCUAUUACACUUAGUUGCCGGAUCCUAAUCCGCCGUGGCGGCCGCUUCAGCUCAAUUGAGCUCCAAACCAAUGUCAUAGUCCAACCACCAGUCCCAGUUUUCAACUCUACACUGCUAAAAUAUGCAGCUAUUGAUAUAGGUGAAGCUCAAGCAAAACAAGAAAUAGAGCAGUUGUUAGAAGGUAACUUUGCUAGUCAAGGGAGGUAUAGGACUUUCGCUACUUGGAGAAGGUUCAAUCACCAUGAUAUCAGAGCUAGCUCAUCCAGGGGCGUGCCUGUAACGCUUAGGUCACCGCAGUUUUAUCGGUAUUGGUUAGAUUUUAGGAAGGUAUUGCAUGAUUGGGCUCGAGCCAAGAGGUAUCAACCUGAUAUAAUGAAUGAAUUGAUAGGUCUGGUAAAGAAUCCAAUUGAUGAGCAUAGUGGAUUGGUGGGUUCAAACAGGAAGUACAGUUCUUGUGCUGUAGUGGGGAACAGUGGGAUUCUGUUGCAAAAAGAUUAUGGGGAGUUGAUUGAUGGCCAUGAGAUUGUUAUCAGAUUGAACAAUGCGAGGACAGAGAGAUUUCAGCAACAUGUUGGGUCUAAAACUAAUAUUUCCUUUGUAAAUAGCAACAUAUUGCAUCUUUGUGCCAGGAGACAAGGGUGUUUUUGUCACCCAUAUGGGGUUAAUGUCCCCAUGGUUAUGUAUGUUUGUCAACCUGUGCAUUUCUUGGACUAUACCAUUUGCAAUUUGUCUCACAGGGCGCCUUUGAUUGUCACUGAUCCACGUUUUGAUAUGUUGUGUGCGAGGAUUGUAAAGUACUACUCCCUGAAACGGUUUGUGGAGGAGACAGAGAAGUCGUUGGAUGAAUGGAGCUCUGCACAUGAUGGUUCCAUGUUUCAUUACUCUUCUGGUUUCCAAGCUGUAAUGGUGGCUGUGGGGAUUUGCGACAAAGUUAGUGUAUUUGGCUUUGGAAAAUCCACUUUGGCUAAGCACCAUUAUCAUACUAAUCAAAAGGGCGAGCUUAAGUUACAUGAUUAUGAAGCAGAGUAUGAUUUUUAUCAUGAUUUGAUGAAAAGUUCUCAGCUUAGAUAUAUUCUUUUGGUAUUUUGCGACCUUGGCAUUAUAUGGAAGCUCAAAGCCAUUUGUACCUUCCCAGUAACUUCUCCCCAUUCUCCCCCAUGAAAAAAAAAAUCUUCAAUUGGCUUACAUUCAUACCUCCUUUAUCAAUCUGUAGUAUGAAAUUGCUGAUAAAUUAAAAUUCAUCUUUUGAGGUAUAGCUAUAUGAUGCCAGAACUUAAAGCUGAUUGCUGCAAUUCUUUUGAACUGUGCGAGUGAUGCUGGAGGAUGAACUUACCUUGCCUCCAUCAGUUCUAGUUCCAGUACCUUUAUUCUCUAGUUCUUGUACCUUCAUUAGUUCUUGUACAACUGCUAUAGUUUAAUUUUGGCAGGCAUGCUCGUACGAGUUUUUAUCGUGUAAUUUGACCCAGUAUUGGGCAGGUAUUUGAUUCUUGGUAUAGAGUAAAAAAGUUCUUAUUUUUAGCUUUGA